AUGUCGCUCGCCGUAGAAGGUUUCAACAGCUCCAAGCUCUUUGACGAGAUCGCCGAUGGCAUCUCAAAGAUGUCCGACGAUGAGAAGAAGGCCAACAUGAAGAAGGUCAACGGCAUCUUCCAGAUGAACGUCAAGAACAGCGGCGGCAAGGAGGAGAGCUGGACCAUCGACCUCAAGAAGGAGGGCAAGGUCUACAAGGGAGCGGCAAAGCCAAAGGCCGAUGUCACCAUCAACCUCGCCGAUCAGACUUUCCAGGACCUUGCGGACGGCAAGCUCAAUGGACAAAAGGCAUUCAUGUCGGGCAAGCUCAAAGUCAAGGGCAACAUCAUGGCAUGUUCCUCGCCAUCGCGCGCUGGAUCUUUACUGACGUGUCAGACGGUGACAGCUCGCUACCAAGCUCGACAGCGUGCUCAAGUCUGCACAAGGCUCAAAGGCAUAAGACGCGAUCGAGUAAUAGAACAUCGUUUCAUCUGUUUCUCGAGCUAUCACAGGCACCCAUUGCAUCUUUCGCACCUUAUCACCGGCAUGUUUGCGCUGGCCGCACUCACGAUCGUUUCUGCUGAGCUCACAAAGACACCAACGACCCAUCGCAACGUGGCCCGCGACAAUCCUUUCGAUUGGCUCACCGGCGGCGGAAUCAAGAAGGAGAUCGAUCACUUCUUCGGCAGCGGUGACGGCGACAAGGGUGGUCAGACAAGCGCCUGUGCACCUCGCAUGGUUGUCAUCGUUCGCGGUACGACAGAAGCCUACGGGACGUGCAAAGCUUGCGAUCCAGCUGUUGCCAUCGCUCAGCAAAAGUACCCCGACAUCAAGCGCGUCGACGUCGAGUAUGCUGCCGGACUCAUGCAGGACAGCAGCGAGGGCACGGCCAACAUCAUCAGCAUCGUCAAAGGAUGUCCAAACAGCAACAUCGUUCUUGUGGGCUAUAGCCAAGGCGCUGCAGCCACCACUCGAGCUAUGUCAUCCCUCACGCCUUCUGCCAAACUUGGAGCACUCCUCUUUGGUUCGCCCUGCGAAGGUCGGGGGGAUAAGGGGGCCGAGGAUGGCAACGGCGGUCGCACGCUCGCAACGGGUCCCGAGGAUAUGACAGGCUGCUCUGUCCCAAGCUCAUGGAACAACGUCGACACGCUGCUCGAGUUGUGCGAGGGCGGCGAUCCCGUCUGCGGCUCAGGUAUGAAUGUCAUGGCCCACAUCGAAUAUCAGAAGGGCUCGACGCCUCAGAUUGCCGCCAAUUUCAUCGAAAAGCGUCUCGCGACCGCCCAGCAAGAUGGCAAUUCGCCAGUACCAAUCGGUCAAGAUUACCCUCCGAGCAAGUCCUGGAUAUGGCAAUGUGCCUUCAAUUGGAUCCAACCGAAGCACCAAUGGAGUCUGACGUGGGACAUGGAAGUCAUCGAUGGCACGUAUCUCUGCCCGUCUCGUGUCGACCCGCCCAGCAUUUAUUGCCAGGCCAAUGUGCUCAGAUUAGCUGAUGAGAAAGGUCAAGACUCGAUGCAAUGGCUCCUCGGCGAUGGAAGGCAGUACGAGUUCGCAUUCCGGAUGUGGUGGAAUGUCGAGCAGUGGCCCUACAACAUCACGCUAUUCCGACUUGACGACAUCAUUGCUCCUCACAUUCGACACUCGUCCGUCAAAUCCCUACAGUACUAUACUAUCGAAUGCGAUGGAAGACCGGUCCCCAAGAAGCCCUACUUCGAUGAAUGA